AUGUCAAAAACUUCAGAAAUGUCAAUCAAUAAAGAAUCAGUCAAUGGUAAUCAACAACAAUCAACAGAAAAAAAUGGUGAUGUUUCAGAUUUAAUUACUAGUAAUACUAAUUCAAAUGGGUUAGAAACUGGUGAUAAUUUUUUUGAUAAAAAACAUCAAGAUCAACAACAUCAUCAAAAUAAUAAUAUUGAAGAUAAAAAUCAAUUUAAAAAAAUUCAUAAAGAUCAUCAUAAUAAACAUCAUCAUAAUAAUAAAAGAAAAAAACAAAUUUCAAAUAUUACUGUUGCUUUUAAUAAAAAUAAUGAAAAAGAAAAAGAAAAAGAUGAAACAAAUAAUUCAAAAAUUGAAUUGAACAACAUAAAUAAAGAAAAAAGUAAACAUCAACAAUAUUCAAAUAAUCAAGAAGAACAAAAUGAUCAUCAAAUGAAUAAUCACCACCAUUCUAUUGAAGAUGAUGAAAAAAUGUUAAAUGAUGCUAAAAAAAUGGUAUUAAAUUUAAUUGAUGAUGAUAAAACCAAUAAUAAUAAUCACAAUGAAAAAGAAAUUUUAGAAUUUAAUGGUGAAAUUUUAGAAAAAUUUGAAAAUAAUAUUGAAAUGAAUAUGAUUAAUAAUGAUGAAGAUACUUUAUCAUCACCACCUCCUCCGCCAUCAGAAAUUGAUUAUGAAGAUAAUGAAAUUGAAAAUUCUAAUAAAAUUGAAGAAUUUAAAUUAGAUGAUACAACUAAUCUUUUUUUACAAAAAUUAGAAUUUUUUAAUAAAAUUACUACAAUGCUUUAUCAAAUUGCUUUAAAAGUUAAUAAAAUUAGUAAAGAUUUAAUUAAACAACCACAAACUGAUUCUAAAGAAAUUACUCAAGAAUUAGAAAAUUUAAAAAAUUUACAAAAUUUAGAUAAUUUAGAUGAGUAUGAAACUUCAUCAAACGCAAAAUCAUCAUCAAUUAGUUCAUUAUUUACAUCAACUAAUUCAUCAAAAUUUUUAGAUAUGCCAUUAGUUAUUACAUCACCAUUUUUAAAUUUAUUAAAAAACAAAUUUAGUGAAUUAAAUUUACAAAAUAAAAUUGAUGAAAUAUUUCAAAAAUUAAAUUCAAUUGAUUUAAAUUUUAGAAAUUUUAUAAUUGAAAUGUUUAUAAAUGAAAGUGAUUGGGAAAUUAAAGAAAAAUAUAUUAAAAAUCCACAAACUCAAGAAAUUGAUAAUUCAAUUUUAAAAAUUUGGUUGGAUUUUUUAACUAUUGGAUUUGUUUUUUUACAAGUUUCUUUACAAUUUUCAAUUGUUUUAUUUAUUGCUUUUAUUAGAUUAUAUAUAUAUUGUGGUAAAUGUUUAUUUAGAAUUGGUAAACAACAUUUACAUAUUGAUUAA